AUGUGUCGAUAUGCGUUUGCGAUAUUGACAGUUGUUCCGAACUUGAUUAUAGAAGUCUAUUCGAGCUUAAUUGUAGUAAAGAAGCAGAGUGAUAUGAACCAAGUUCACACUAUUGUCGUGAGCUUUGUGUAUACUAUAUAUGGCUACGUUCUUUUGAGUGCUCCUGCGAUUGCAGCUGGUUUGGUGACGUCAUCAGUCGAGGAAAUAAAGUUGACAUUGCAUGAUAAACUUCUAGUUGAAAGGAAUGAAGACCGAGAGAGUUCCCUGGAAGACUUCAUCACCUACAUCGACGGGCACCCCAUGCAGUUCACCGUGUUCAAGAUCAUCCCCCUAGACUGGACCCUGCCGGUCACCAUAAUCAAUCUGAGCAUCAGUUACCAGAUCAUUAUUGUUCAGAUCACCAAAUUAUAUUAG